GCGGCUGCCGCGUUUCAGUAUACGUACGCUUGUCGUCCAGUGCAGCAGCAGCGGUAGCAACAGUAACAACCCAAUUAUCUUCGCCGUGGACUGUGAUGAGCCCAUGACAAAUUCAUAAUCGCCCAACAAGAACCAUAUACAUACACAACAGAACUCAGAAUCACGGAGACGAUUAGUUGUUGAAUUUUGAAAUUAUCACAAAACAGUCGAUUUACAAUACCCAAGAUGAAGUGUUUUGGAAUCAUCGUUUUCUGCUUUUUGUUGGUGGCCAUUUCCUUGGUCAGCUCCAACGUGGCCAGCGACGGCGAGGCAUACCUUCCGUUGUCCCGUCAGAUCAGAGCCGUCGGAGGAAGAGACACGAACUGUCACUACGAAAAAUCUCAAUGGUCGCCGUGUGACGACAAGACCAACGUGAAGACCCGCAAGUUGACACUGAAGAAAGGCGACGAGACUUGCGAAAAGAUCAAAACAAUCGAAAAGAAAUGCAAGAAAGCAUGCCGGUACGCAAAAGGCACGUGGAGCCCCUGUAACACGCAUAACGAAAUGAUCAGAACAGACACACUGAAGGACCCUUCCACUGAAAAUUCCAACUGCGAAAAGACCAGACAGAUCACGAAAAAGUGCAAGAGCAAGGGACGGGGUAACAAAGGUAACAAGCAAAACCGCAACAGACAGUAAUAAACGCGAAUCUUAAUCCAUAAUAUUUACUUCAAUUAUAUAAUUAAUAUUAUUAUUAUUAUUAUAUAUUUAUACCCCAGUAUAAUUAUAUAGUAAAAAAAAAAACACUGUCUAAUCGAGAACAUAAUUUCAUUUCCUACGUUUCUUUUUUUUCUUAACGUCCUACUAGUUUCCACUAAACGUGUGUAACUUGUAAAAAUAAAAACUACAAAAACCUAUCGUUUUCUCUCUUGACCGAUUUGGAUUUCUCAAUAUAUUCUUUCUGAACAAAAUAAAAACAUAUUUAUAUAUGUGUGAUUAUCCGACUAAAUUUUUCAAUUUUUAUUACUAUUAUUUUUAUUAUUAUUAUAUUUUUUUAUUACGUUUAUUAUUUAUGCGUAUGAAAAGACACAAAUCUUUGUUUUUUUUUUAAUUUUUAUCUUUUUUUUUUACAAAAAUUUAAUUUUAUUGACACGGUUAACGUUUUUUUUUUCUACUACGACAAUUUUAACUUACAAACUUGUAUUAUAUUCAAGUAUCGAUUCCGUUGACAUUUGUUUUGUUAUAACGUUAUUUUUCCUUUCUAAUAAUAAUAAUUUUAUAAUAUUUAGUAUUGACUUUUAGUAAUACAUAUUCUGAUUGUUUUCACACUUACAUCCAUAACUAAUAUAUUAUUUUAGCGUAGCGUAUAAUUAUAAUUAAAAAUAGAAAAAAAAAUAUAACAACGGUGAAAUAAUAUGUGCGUUUUGUUUGAACAGUAUAACAUCAAACAAAAUAUAUUAUCAUAUCCUUUAUAUUAUACUAUUAUUAUGUUUUAUAAAAUAUUAUAUAAAUAAAACUGUCUAUUCGUGGUUCUGUAUCUUUAUCAAUAUUCAUAAAACAUAUUAUUAUAACUAAUAAUAAUUACUAUAAUGUAUGCACCGUGUAUGAUGUACGGUUACUAGCUGCUUGUAAAAUAUAAUUGGUUUUUUUU